UUUAAUUACCAACAACCUCUCUCUCUUCUUUUUGCUUCUGCAAUUUUUAGUUAUCUUCUUCCUUUUCACUACUCUUCACCCUCUUUUUAGGGUUUUCUUACUUACAAAGCAAGUUCACAACUUUAGGGUUUUUUUCCUUUUUUUUCAAUCUCUCACACCCCUCUUUUUAGGGUUUGUUAUAUAUAUUAUUUAUGGAGGAGAGAAAUGAUAGUGACAAAGUAGAAGAGGUAAUGUUGCCAGGGUUUCGUUUUCAUCCAACCGAUGAAGAACUUGUUGGGUUUUACCUAAAGAGAAAGAUUCAACAGAAACCUCUUCUUAUUGAACUCAUCAAACAAAUUGACAUCUACAAAUAUGAUCCGUGGGAUCUCCCAAAGUUGGGUGGUACUGGAGAAAAAGAAUGGUAUUUCUAUUGUCCAAGAGAUAGAAAAUAUAGGAAUAGUGCAAGGCCAAACCGAGUAACUGGAGCUGGGUUUUGGAAGGCCACAGGAACCGACCGUCCUAUUUACUCUUCUGAUGGAACCAAGUGCAUUGGACUCAAGAAAUCACUUGUUUUCUAUAAAGGGAGAGCUGCUAAAGGUGUCAAAACUGAUUGGAUGAUGCAUGAGUUUCGUCUACCUUCUCUCAAUGAUCCACUUCCAACUAAAAGACUCAUUGACAAGCCCAUUCCUCCCAAUGACUCAUGGGCAAUAUGUAGGAUAUUCAAGAAAACCAAUUCCACAGCUCAAAGAGCUUUAUCUCUUUCAUCUAACAAUAUGAUCCCACCAUUAUUAUCUGAAACCAACACAUCUGAUGAUAAUAAUAAUAAUCAUCAUCAUAAUCCUUAUAAUAAUUUCCCCACAAAAUUUCCCACUCUACUACCCUCCUUUGAAUCCCACCAAUAUUCUUCCAUUUCCAACAAUAAUAUUACUUACCCUAACUUUGACUUUGUUGCCUCAUGUAAGCCAUUCAACUCUCAAAUAAUUUCCAAUAAUAGAUCAUUCUCUCAUCUCCCAAUUUUGGCUGAACCACCACCACCACCAUCCAACACCACUGACCAAGAAAAAUGUAGAGUUGAUCUUUCUUCAAUUUUGCUCAACAUGUCAUCAUCAGUGCUUGGAGAUUUUGGGAUUAUGAAGCCUAAUGACACUGUAGAUUUGCAUGCUCAACAUCAACAGUUCAUGAACAAUUAUCCACAAACAUUUUCACAUGAUCAAAUGCAAGGAGCUGCUAGUGACCAGUUUGUUGGAGCCAUAAGAUCCAAUGUUAUUGGAUCUUAUCCUUUGAAUAUUAGUGAUUUGGGGAAGCCAAAUUUUAUAUGGGAUUCUUCUUCUUCAUGCCCUAGUGAAGUUUCAACAAGUUUGUCUACAACUAAUUGCUACACUUGAUGAUGGAGUAAGUAGUUGAGUAUGUAGAAUAAUCUUAAGUGCUUUUAACUUUUUUUUUUUUUUUUCAAUUUAGGGUCCUUAAUUGUUGUAGAAGCUACAAAUAGCUUAAUUAGGGCUUAGUUUUAAUUAAUAUGGUAGGGAAAAUGGUCUUGAGUUUAUUUGUAAAAGCUCUUGUAUCAUAUGGGAUAAUGUUUAUUUUUGUAAACUCACUUAUAGUGUUUUUAUAAAAAUUUGUCCAAAAUAUCUAUGUUGAUGAGUAUAUUUUUAA